UUGUUGAUGUGAGAGUGACCGUUGUUUUGAAUUGUUUUGCGGAGGCUUUCUUCAGAAGUUAGGAUUUGCAAACAAACAAUAACUGUUUGCUAGAUUAAACUUACCUCUAAAAUGUCAGCCUUUAAAGCUUUACGAGAUGUGUCUGCUGGAUUCGAGCACUACUUGCGGCAAGUCUCGGCGGAAUUAUUCUCUGCUAAACUCAGUGAACCUUUCGAACAUGUAGUCGCUAAGAAAUUACGCGAUGUUAAACUUCUAACUUCAAAAUUUAGAUUAUUAGAGGCGAAAUCUUUUGCAGACACACCACAAGUCAGUGAGAAAAAUAAAACAGAGCAGACAAUACUAGACUAUGAAGAAGCAGUAUCAUCAAAGAUCGUCGAGCAAUUGGUAGUCAAAGCAAUCACUCAAACCAAUACGGUUAAGAAUCUACUGACAACACCUAAUCAGAAGUUGAAACCUGAAUUUAUUGAGAAAAAAGAAAAGAUAAUCACAGAACUAACGAAAUAUGGUGAAAAUGAGAACCAAUUGUGCUUCAUAGAAGAUGUACUCGAAAAGACUGAAACUAAGCUUCUAGAAGCGCAGAGAAGAUGGGACACAGUGGUAGGAAAGUUGAAGGAUACUCCAAAAGUUGAGACAAAUGAGGAACUGAAUGAUGGACCCAUGUUUAAGAGACUAGAAAUUAUAACGGAGAAAAUAGAACUGAUGCGGUGGUUGGUCGCGAAGCUUGUGACGUCACGGUUCGAUCAGGACUACGAUUGGCUGUCGGACCCGCACCACCGUUUACGUGCCCUGGCGAUAGCGCGCCAACGUAAUGACGUAUAUGAGUGACGUUUUGUGACGAACUACACUCCAAAAAUUUUUUAGUGUAAAGUUUAUUUUAAAAUUAUUAAGAAAAUAAUUUGCAGACUUGCGCAAAGAAAACCUCUCUUUAAUCUAUUUUAUCGAAUUUUUUUAUGUGUUUAAACGUAAUGAAAGUGCGAAAAAAUAGAGUGCAGAUAAAACAGGUGUUUCUAAAAAAAAAUUACUUCCAGACCCUACAUGAGGCUUUAUGCACACAGUGUUUUUAUAAUAAAUAAGAAAUGAUCAUGUAUUUAACAUUGACCUCUGUUAUUGUCACUGGCUGGACUUUAAUUUAUUGACGUCAUUUUGGCGCUGUUAAUUUCGGACUUGUCACGCGAGUGUCCUGGGAACUAAAAUUUGAAUUAUGAACACUGUCAUAUCCCUUCCGUCGUCGUGGCGAGUUCCGGAACACUCCAUUAAAGAGAUUUCAGUUGUGAUUUGCCUAUG